AUGUCCACAAAUAUUGUACGUAGUAUAUUUACUUCAGCUACUGUGUAUACGGGUAUUCUUGGAUUAUUACUUAAUUAUGUAGAAGUUUAUUUGCCCAAUUUCUUAACUCGUAGUUAUUGUUAUGGUAAAUUUUCUAUUAAUAUUGAUCAACCAAUAGUUGCAAAGACAGAAGUACCUAAAAGAUGGUUUAAGCACUUUUACAUUUUUGCUGCACCAGCAUCAAGUUAUGUGCUAUACUUAAUUAUUUGUAAAUAUCUAUGGGAGUACGAUACUCCUAAGUAUGUUAUAUGGAUAUUGGAUAUGUUAUUGGGAUCGUUUAGACAACCACUAGUAUCACCGGAAUGUACAUUUGUAGCUGGACUACUUUUAAGUUUACAUUGUUGGAAACGAUUGUAUGAAACACAUUAUGUAAGUAUCUUCAGUGACAAGAUGAUUAAUAUCUCUCACUACAUGAUUGGAUUUUUCCAUUAUGUGGGGACAUUAGUAUCUGUUAUAGGUGAAUCUGAAGGAUUUUUUGAAGGUAAUUGAGGAUAUUUUUCUUGGGAAAGAAUUACAUAUCUUCAAUUAAUAUGUGCAAUUAUUUUUAUACUAUCAUCAUAUGCACAACUUAAAACAAAUUUUAUUCUUAGUAAUUUAAGGAAAAAUAAAGAUGGAAAGAUUAAUUCCAGUGUAUAUAAGAUACCACAUGGUGGUGCUUUUGAAUAUGUAUCAGGUGCAUUACAAAUUACAGAGAUAAUUAUUUAUGUCACACUAUCUAUAAUUUUGUGGCAAAGCUCUACAUUUCAUUAUGUUACAAUUUGGGUCAUAGUCAACCAGGUAUCUACUGCAGCAAUGACUCAUAAGUGGUAUAUACAAACAUUCAAAAAUUAUCCAAAAUCUCGAAAAAUUAUACUUCCUUAUAUUUUUUAA